AUGCCUUCUAACAAAGACCGCCUACACGUUGCCCUCUAUGUGCGAGGAGGUGCUCCUACCAUGUCGGGCAAGGAAGACACCUAUCACUGGGCGUUGAUUGUGGGACCGAAAAUUGAAACGGAAGGUAAAAUGGGGGUCCGUUAUCACGCAAAGGAGAGGCUUAAAGCCCCGGGGGUAGUUGAAUGGGAAUUCGAGGAGCGUGAAUCCCUGCUUCUCGCCACCAGCAUGCUGCUUGUUCGAGUGAUAAUCGGAAAGGUAGAGGAUGGCAGUCGAUUGGUGGAAAUAUUGCGCAGUAUACCUAUCAGACAAGGCCAAGCAGGAUGGAACUUAAAAGAGGCGCUCGAUGCGCUGAAGGCCGACGGCAAAGCCUUAGGCACGAAUGUCAUUGAAUGGGAAAAGGUACGCAGCGAGGCGAUGGCGUUUUGCCAAAGCAAGAAAUAUCAGCAUCGAUUUGAUGGCCAAGGGAACUUUGACACAACCAAAGUCCCAACCUAUGACCUGAUUGAGAGGAAGGAGAUCACUAUUUAA